UAUUUUUGUUAUUUUUUUUUCUUAGCAAGAGAAAUCCGCUAGGCUAUCCCAGGCAGCGCCGCCGCUGCCCCUUUGAUGUUGUGGUCCGCCGUGCGCAUGCGCCUCGCAGUGGCAUUACUGCACCGGGCAGACUAAGUUGGAUCUCCUCUCUCCAGCGAAGCCCUCGAUCCCAUCCAAAACUAAAGGGAUGUGGAGAGCUCGGAAAAAAGGCUACUUUGGGAUCUGGCCCUUCCCCUUGCUAAUCGCCGCUGUCUGUGCGCAGAGUGUCAAUGAUCCUAGUAACAUGUCCCUGGUUAAAGAGACGGUGGAUAGACUUCUGAAAGGCUAUGACAUCCGCCUGAGACCCGAUUUUGGAGGUCCCCCCGUGGCCGUGGGAAUGAAUAUUGACAUUGCCAGCAUCGAUAUGGUUUCUGAAGUCAAUAUGGAUUAUACAUUGACAAUGUAUUUUCAACAAGCCUGGAGAGAUAAGAGGCUGUCGUACAACGUCAUACCUUUAAACUUAACUCUGGACAACCGAGUCGCAGACCAGCUCUGGGUGCCCGACACCUACUUCCUGAAUGACAAGAAGUCGUUUGUGCACGGCGUGACCGUCAAGAACCGCAUGAUCCGCCUGCACCCCGACGGCACCGUCCUCUACGGCCUCAGAAUCACAACCACAGCUGCCUGCAUGAUGGACCUAAGGCGGUACCCACUGGAUGAACAAAACUGCACCUUGGAAAUUGAAAGCUAUGGAUAUACCACUGACGACAUUGAGUUUUACUGGCGUGGGGAAGAUAAAGCAGUAACGGGAGUAACAAAGAUCGAACUUCCACAGUUCUCCAUUGUAGAUUACAAACUCAUCACCAAAAAGGUUGUUUUCUCCACAGGUUCCUAUCCCAGGUUGUCCCUCAGUUUUAAGCUGAAGAGAAACAUUGGGUACUUUAUUCUGCAAACGUAUAUGCCUUCCAUCCUGAUCACUAUCCUCUCCUGGGUCUCCUUCUGGAUUAAUUACGAUGCUUCAGCUGCAAGAGUGGCAUUAGGAAUUACAACUGUCCUUACAAUGACCACCAUCAAUACUCACCUCCGGGAGACUCUCCCUAAAAUCCCCUAUGUGAAGGCCAUUGACAUGUACCUGAUGGGGUGCUUUGUCUUUGUAUUCAUGGCCCUUCUGGAAUAUGCUUUGGUCAACUACAUCUUCUUUGGGAGGGGACCCCAACGCCAAAAGAAAGCAGCCGAGAGGGCGAGCGCCAACAGUGAUAAGAUGCGCCUGGAUGUCAACAAGAUUUUUUAUAAAGAUAUUAAACAAAAUGGGACCCAAUAUCGAUCCUUGUGGGACCCAACUGGAAACUUCUCCCCAACUAGACGGACUACCAAUUACGAUUUCUCUCUAUAUACGAUGGACCCCCAUGAGAACAUCUUGCUGAGCACUCUUGAGAUAAAAAACGAAAUGGCCACAUCGGAGGCUGUGAUGGGACUUGGAGACCCCAGGAGUUCGAUGCUGGCUUACGAUGCGUCCAACCUCCAGUAUCGGAAAGCCGGGCUGCCCAGGCAUACCUUUGGCCGAAAUGCCCUGGAACGACACGUGGCACAGAAGAAAAGCCGCCUGCGGAGACGCGCCUCCCAACUGAAAAUCACCAUCCCCGACUUGACUGAUGUGAAUGCCAUAGACCGGUGGUCCCGCAUAUUCUUCCCAGUGGUUUUUUCCUUCUUCAACAUUGUCUAUUGGCUUUACUAUGUGAACUAAAGCAGAGCCUCCCUCGGGAAGCAAGGACUAGAUGCCUCCUCAAACUAGUUGUACAGUCUGACGUAGGACUUGGAAAACACAUCAAUCCAGGACAAAAGUGAUGCUAAAAUACCUUAGUUGCUGGCCUAUCCUGUGGUCCAUUUCAUACCAUUUGGGUUGCUUCUGCUAAGUAAUGAGUACACGAAGGGCCUUGUGAUUUUUCCAGUUAAAAUGCAAGUCAUUUGUACACAUGCUGGCAAGACUGAGUCUGAGUGUUCCACUUCAUCUGCUUAUUGUGCAGCUGACACGGAGGGGAAUUAUGUAGAAGAUAUUCUUAGAAGGCUUGAUAGCACUAUCAGUCAUUUCUCUGAAAAGUCAUAUCCAGGUAUUCCGAUCUUCCUUGCGAAGGGUGGCAUGCUGCUGAGAUGGCACCAUGCUUAGGAAAGAUUAUCCUCAAUGCCAUGCGAACAGGCUUACGGAAGAUGGUCUCUGCCCAUCUUAUUAAGGCGAUAAUGGUGUCCUGGGAUGAAAAUUCCCACUGGAUUCUAGAAGGUUCUCACGUAGUUCAAAAAAGAUGGGGGCAGUCAAGAGAGAGAUUCAGGAAACCAAGUUGGCCAGUUUCAGAUUGCUUGAGCACUGGGAAUCAACUAUGACGUCUUCCAUUUUGGCAUGUAGACCCCAGGAAAAUUCUAAACAUUAUCAUGCAUGAUGACCAAAGAAACUUUUCUAAAACUCUAUUUCCUAGGUGGUUAAAAGAAGAGUUAAAAACCCAGAGCAGAGUGGGAAAUUCAGAAAUGACUGUUGGAACAAAAUUGAAACAAGCAUCAUGACCCUUAUCAGCCCACACAGCAUCUGGUCUAUUCGUUUAUGGUCAGUGGCAAAGGUAGAAUGAGAGAUUUUUUUGUUUUGUUCCAACUUCACAAGCUUUGGACAGCAUGCCUAUAGAGGCUUAUAUAAUUUAUUUAAUUAAAAGACACCCACUAAAGAGAAAAGUUAGCCAAAUUAGCAUCACCUUAGAUCCAUGUUAGACUGAGAGUUAUCAAAUAUAUGAAUAUAAAACACAAACAGGUUGCUAUUCUCACACAACGUCAGCUGUCUCUGCAACAUUUUUCCUUAUAAGUUCAUUUCUGACUUUAACAGGGUAUUUCCAAAGAGGGAUUUGUUCACUUCUUUAAAGAAUUAAUGUUCCUUUCCAGCUUUUCUUGCUUCUGAAAUUCUGAUUAAAUUCUUAGAAGACAGAAAACAAAUGUAAGGCUUUGGAGAGAUUUAGUGAACUCCAUUUCCUUAUGUGCAAUGAAAUUCACCUUGCUAUUUUUCAUAGUAAACAAUACUUCAAAGAUUAUGUGCACAAAUAGAGUUAGAUUGUGGGUAUAUUAGGUUUUAUUUUUUAAGAUUGCUUUCAUUGUGUAUGUUGCAAUCUCCCCAAUCAAGGAAAAUAUGAUAAGAGUGGAAAAUAGGAUAACAAAGCCACAUUAACCUGAUGAAGGAUAUGGACCUCAGUUGAUACUUCAGAAAAAUGUCUAACUGAAAUCAGGUAGGCAUGAUGUAUUGUUUUAUUCCAGUUUUAAAUUAUCAUUAUACUUCAUUCUAUACUAAUUGGAUAUAUGAAUUUAUAUGUUGGACAGUAAGAAAAUAGUGAACUGCUUAAUUUUCCUUACAGUUUCAUUUUAUUGAACUUUAUCUUGGUGCAUGACUUUGCUAUGUCUAUUUAAAAAACAAAGACACUUCUUUUCAGAGUAACAUUUCCUAAUUUUGCAUAAUAGCUAAGACCAUUACCUGUCUGUGUUUAAAUAUUAUGCUUUUUCCCCCUGAUGAUUUAUUUAGCUGCUUGGAAUAGGGUAGGUCCUAUUGUCCUUCUAUUCCAAGUAUCUUAGUACUUAGCCUUCUGAAUUUAGCUUCAGAUUGGAUGGUAUUUUUCUCCCCACCUGUAUCAGGGACUGUGGCCCUUAUUUCUUGAUUAUACACUUGAACACCUCUGAGUAUGACCUGUGGGCAGAAUCCAACCAAGGUUCUGUCCAUGGGCUCAGAGUAGAGAUUCUUCAAGUUUCUCCAGGGACACACUUCCACCUAGACGGCAAUCUGGGGGCACCACACUAAUAAAAGUGCCUGCCCCUUGUCACCAGGGGUUCGUCUGAAUAGCAUAUACCAGGAAGGAGUAUAUUUAUAACUCAGGUGCACAACUCCAAAAUGCCAUUCUGGAAUGGUUUUUCUAGAGACAACCCUGAGCCCAAGUCAAGAAGUGGGCUCUUAUUUGUAAUUAUUGUAAAAGCCAUAAACAUCCUUGGUAUUGUCACAUAACAAAUAUUUGAUAUCCAAGGAAGUCAACAGAGUAAUCGAGAUUGGAGUGGAGAGAAGCAACCUCAAAGCAUGAGAGUCAAAACCAUAUAACCAGGGAUUCAUUUCUACCCCCAGUGAUAAGCAGAAACUGGAAAAGGAGAAAGGAUGGAACCUGGAACAGAUGCCCUAGAACAGAACCCAUAUGUUGGCAUUCAAUAACCACAUAGUUAGAAACAACUGACUCAUCUUGCCCAGAGGUAACAAAUGGUAGAUAUAGAAUUUAUUCUUUAACUAUAUGUUUACUGUGGUUGAAUUGGUUUGAGAGGAGGGGGUCGGGGAAGGGUGUUAGAUCUUAUAAGGCCAGAAAGACCAGUCAGCUUGAUAUUCAGUGGUUAAAAUUAGGGACCACAAAAGUGUGUUUUGGCAAUUCUGAUAUGCUAUUACUAUCAGCUUAUACAUUUAUGUACAGUUUUUUUUAAAUUAUAAAACAGCCAGAUAGCCAGCGAUUAAGGUGUUUUUUCAUCUUUCUGACAUUCAUAGGCGAAUUCUGACUCUAAAAUUCACAGUCAAAAUGAAAUCUUUGAUCUCAAUCUGUAUAUAUAUAUACAUAUUGUACAUGACUGCUAGUAGGUAUGAAAUGCAUUUUCAGAACUGAAAACUCAUGCAACAACAUCAUGUGUUUGCAUAGGGAAUGUUACAGGUCUUUCCACUACAGUUUACUCUAAAGGGAAAGACAUAAGAUAAGCAGUGCCAUGUAGACUUUUCCUCUUCUCAUUUCUUCAAAAGCAGUGCUCGGUUAAAAAAAAUAAUAAUAAUUAAACAAAUAAGUAAAUAAAUAAAUAAUGGUUUAUAAACCAAAAGACUUUACAUUGUAGCUUUAGUAACAAAAAAAAAAAGAAAUAUCUGUCAGCUUAAAAAAGCACAACACAUAGAGAAAGUUCAGUAGAAAGCAUAAAGGAGAAAUGAAUCAUACUCAUUUUAAGCCAGACCUGCAUUUAAUUGGCAACUCACCCAAUUUUCAUUUUCUAUAGAUAACUGUGUUCCAGUCUUAUGAUUAACUUCAUAUUCAACAACAGAAACAACCAAGCAAUCAACAAACAACAGGUCAUACAACAAUAUACAUGUAUAUAAGUGUAUAUAGAGAUCCAUAUAAACAUACAUGCAUAAAAAUAUGCAUUCAUACAUUGGAAAACAAAAGGAAUAAGCUAAUAUCUUUUAUUUCCUUCAUUCAACCAGUGUAUGAGUGCUUUUUACUUGGCAACACAAAUCCACAUAUUUAAACAAGUGAUACAGGGUACUGAGCGUUUCUCUAUCAGCAAAUAAUGCCUACUGUUCUUAGGAACCAUUGCACAAUCCGACACUACAAUAGUGCUGUACCUCAGAACAUCAGAAACUCACUAGUUCUUGCAUUGCUUGUCUACUUGCUCUUUUUCAAGGAAACAAAUCACAUUGUCCAUUGGUCAUUUAAAAACAAAAAUGUCUUAAGGAAACAGAAAAUGAUUUUUAAAAAUCCUUCCAGGAGGAGGAAAAAAAAUAACUAAACCUCACCAUGUUGGUAGGGCAAAUAUCUCAACUGUAGCAAUCAUGCCAUUUUGCUAAGUGUACAGAGUCUAUGUAAUGUGAGCAACCAUAACUUUCACUGAGUGUAAAUAUUAAAAUGGAUUUCUUAAAUAUUUUUAACUUCUUAUUUGUAUUUUAUGGUAAGGCAGUGUGCAAAUUCUGUUCAUGGCUUCUGUUGAUGUGUUAUAAUAGACUGUAAAUAAUUAAAUAUGCUGUAAAUGAAUAGUCUAUAGAUACAAAUACUUCAUUUUUUUCUCAUUUUUUUAUUUCUUUUUUACUAAGUACAGUUACUGCAGAGCCCCAACAGAGUAAUUGAAACAUUCUUUUUGCGUAAAUGGUUUGGGAUCCCAGAUAGAAGGGUUUCAGUUUAAUAACACACACACACUUAAUACACUCACAAACAUCUACACAUACGUGCUCACUUACAAACACCUACACACACUCACUCAUAGACUCAUACAUAUUUACACAUACACGCUCUCAGUCACACACAUCUACAUACACACACCUGCUCACACACACAUGCAUCUACACACACAUACACACACAUUCAAACACAACAUUCUUUCCUUUGCCCACUCACUCCCAUUCUUCCUCCCUCUAUAAACACACAGUAUUCAUGUAGUGAAUGUAACAAACCAAGAGAUAGCCUUAGAAAUGGCAAUUGGGAAAAGCAGAAAUCAUCAUUAUUUACUUGAAAGGGUUUUUAUGUGUCAGAAUUCAAGAAACCAAAGGUUGUAACUUACAUGUCAAUUUUCAAAGAGUAAAAGUUUAUAUUGACAGCACUACAGGAAAUAAAAUUGCUUAUGAUGCAUACCUGCUCCAGAAAUUUGUUACAUCCUAGGAGACCUUUUUUUUAUAUAUAUAUAUAUAAUAGCUUUUUGUCCUUAGGUAGUAUUCUUUCUUUCAACCAAAGACUCCAGAAUUAUUAAAAAACAAAAAAAGGAAAGAAAAAGUGAAAAAUGAGGGAAAACAAAAAAAAGACACUGCUUUACACCAAAGGUAUGAACACGAUUUUCCAAGUACACUAGGAACAUUGUCAAAAAUAGUAAAGAUCCAGAAUAAUGCUAAUUAAGAUACUACCCUAAAGAAAUCAUUUAAGAAAAAAACAAAACAAAACAUAAAAGCAGCAGUACUCUUAAAUAUCUGUUGUUAUUUGGAUAGGGAAAUAAAACAUUUCUACAGAAGUUUGCAAAAUUGUGACAUCAGAUAUUAAUUUGCUUCAAGUUUUUUUGCGACAACUAUGACCCAAAAUGAAAAACAAAACUUUGUGUUUUUUAACUUUCAAAAGCAAAUGUCUCUCUCCUGUCUCAUUGUCCACUAAGCUGAUGCCCAUGUGUGUGUCCUUGCACUGUUUUUCCCUUUGAGGUUCAGUAAUUUGUUUUCAACCACACUCCUUUUUAACAUAAUUCAAAGUUGCGAAUAAUUUAAAUUCCAUAACAUUUUUAUUAUUAUUUGCAUGGGUGUUUAAAUAGUUUUGUUAUGAAUAUUGUCCCUGCACAGUUCUGAAUUGUCCUUUUAUAAAAAGUGACAUUCUAGUUCCUUCACAGUGUAGUGACUAUCCGCCUUACUAUUUACCUUGUAGCCUUUUUUAAUAUGCACAUAAUGCAGAUUUUCCAAUGGCUAGGAAGUGCAAAACACAAGUGGAUAUCAUUGCAUCUAUUUUUCAUGUCUUUCUAAAAACAGGACUACUAAAAUCUCUGGGAUACAUGAGAUAGUAACAAAUGAGGAUUAUAAAUGAGUAGCACAUAAGAAUUAUUUUCUUGAAUUUAAACUAAUUACAGUCAGUUUCAGCAUGUAAAUAUAUAAUAAUGUUGGCUAGUGUGUAAUUCUUGAAUUAAGAAAUAUAAAUAAAACUUGAAAGGAUG